AGAGAGAGAGAGAGAGAUAGAAGAUACCUGAAUAUGAAGUAGUUAUCAGAAAUGGAUUGGUAGCAAUGCUCACCGAUAUCGGUGAGCGAGGAUAUGGAUACUUGGUAUACUUCCGUUACGUUUCACUUGCCUGUCUGUCGUUGAAAGAAGGAGGAAAAAGAAAAAGAAAAGAAAUAAACAUUGUGGAAAAUGCGCGUGGUGUCGUGAAAUAGAAGAGAGAAAUUCCGUGGGUUGAAACAGGCCUUGUCAACCUACUACUUUUGAGGAAUGUGAGUUAGAUGAAGGAUUCAAGAUAGUUCCACCGUUUGGUAUCAUGUCAGAUGGAGUCGAUGGUGGCGGCGGGGAAAACGAGGUAGACUCUCAUUCCUCUUCGCAUGCAGAGGCUGGUGAUUCUUCUAAUCACAGAGAAGAAGAAACAUUGGAUGCAGACAACGAGGCAGCUCUUAAUACUAAUUAUGAUAGUAGUGAUGGAGCAGUUCCAGCAUUUAGAUGUGAUCGGUGUGACAAUUAUGAAACUAUAAAUAAGACCGCAUUUUGUGCUCAUCAAGAUCAAUGCAUUGGAAACGGUGAACCAGGAGAAAGCACAGAGAGUAUCGAUGGACCUGAAAAUGAUGGAGAUGGAGAUGAGGGUCAUUCAGGCUUGCGGGCCCACAGAAAAAUAUUUGAGUGCGAUGUUUGCAACAUGAAAUUUUCUAAUGGGGCUAAUAUGAGAAGACACAAGAUGAGGCAUACGGGUGUAAAACCAUAUGAGUGUCGUGUAUGUCAGAAAAGAUUUUUUCGUAAAGAUCAUCUUGCAGAACAUUUUACCACUCAUUCUAAAACUUUACCAUAUCAUUGUCCAAUAUGUAAUAGAGGUUUCCAAAGACAAAUUGCCAUGAGGGCGCAUUUCCAAAAUGAACAUGUAGGACAACAGGAUAUGGUCAAAUCAUGUCCAUUAUGUAGUUAUCGAGCUACUACAAUGAAAUGUCUUAGGUUGCACUUUUUUAACAGACAUGGAAUAGAUUUAGAUAAUCCAGGACCAAACAGUUCAACUUCAAUAUUAAAUAGUUGCACACCUGGGGAAGCCAUGCCAUCUGCUCCCCUAUCCGACAGUGGUGACAGUACUGGCAAUAGAUCAGCGGACAAUGCAACUCCUCCAAUGCACUUUCUUACUCCUCACGUUGAAAUAUCCAUUCCUUACCCAGAACAAACUACCAACCAACGAAAUUCAAGUCCUGCUCCACUAAAUGGUGAUAGCCCAAAUAGUCCACAAAGUGCAGAUAGCAAUAGUAAUGCUCCAAGCAGUAGUCAUCAUCAAUUAUCCAUUAAUAGUAGUGGCAUUCAUAGGAAUGUGGGUGGUGGAGAAGAAGCUAUCACACCUUCAAUCUCUUUAAUCCCUAUCAAACAAGAGCCAAAUAGCAAUGGUAUGGAAGAUAGUGGAGCAACAUCCAGUAAUCUGUCAUUGCCAUCGUUAAUCAAGGUUUCACCAUUGAAGACACUAUUGCGAGAUGAUCUAUGUCGUAAACUUUCUACAAGUUGCAGUAAUAAUAAUAACACUAAUAACAAUAAUGGUUCAAAUUCCAAUUUACAUUCGAGGGGUGAACCCCCGACAUCGACGAGACCUGAUCCACGAAGCAGCGGUUUACAGUGUACACACUGUAGAAUUACUUUUCCAGAUCAGACAUUGUACUUUCUUCAUAAGGGUUGUCACAGUGAGAGCAAUCCAUGGAAGUGCAACAUAUGUGGUGAGCAGUGCUGUAACUUGUACCAAUUUAAUUCGCAUUUAUUGAGCAAAAGUCAUCAGUAGCAGCGAACAAAAAGUAUGCAAUGGCAUAUCAUUUUUCACUCUUUAUUUAAAACCAUCUUAUCCAAAAAGGGUACGUAAAAUUAUACGUAAAAUAACAUCGAUAUAUGAGCAUGUGCCACGAAAAUAUAAAUAUAUGUAUAUAUAGAGAGAGAGAGAGAGAGAUUAUAUAUUUAAUAUAUAUAUAAAUAUAUUUAUAUUUUCACACACUCAAAUAUAAAAACUCGAUCCCCAACGAAGUACUUUUAACAAGAAAAUACACAUACAUAUAUAUAGAUAUAUAUAUAUAUAUAUUUAUCCCGACAUGUAGUUCUUUUAAAUUGUGAAUUUUGGUAAUAGCCAUGUGCUGCCUUCCCCUUUAAAAAUUCUGCGCGUAAUGGGAAGAUUUGUGCCUUUUUUCAAAUUUGCCGACUUUUACUCGUCCAUCAUAUUGUCAUCAUACGAACGAUCCGUCCAUAGAGCUUUACAGAAUUAUUCCAAGCUCUAUAAGUAGUAUUAACUUACAAUUAGAUAUAUACGUAUAUAUAUAUAUGUAUAUUGGAUGAGACAUCUAAAACUAAGCCUGCGAAUAUUUUGAAAAUAUGUUGAAUGUAUCGAAAAGGUUGAUACAAUUUAAGGUGAUAGCUUUUAUCUAAAAAUUAUAAAGUUAUAAUUUGGUUAUCGAUAUAAAUUGAUAUUAUUGUAAUUGCUGUGUAUAUUGGUCCAUUUUAAAUAGAACAUAUUUCUUUAGAGAUAUUUUUGUUUUAUAAUCGAAAUUAACCAAGAUAAUAAAAGCUUUCAAUUUUAGCUGACUCAUCCGAUAUAUCCUACAGAUUAAACACAUUAAAACAGUCUUAGACUGUUUCAAAAAUGAACAGAGUUAAAUAGAUAGAUUACCAAGAAAAAUGAAGAACACACAACACAUUUCUAUUAGAUAUCUUAUUUAGUUAUGCGGCCCAAAUGCUUUCGAACAGACACGAUGUAUUUUUGAAUUUACUUCUUAAUUGAAUUAUCCUCAAAUAUAUAUAGCUCACAUACGAAUUUAAUAUAUAAAUAAUAACAGAAAACAAAAUACAUACAUAUGUAUUUAGUAUAUAUUAAACUUUGCCUUUUCUUGCACUUUCUUGCACACACUCACGUUUAACACAUCAGAAUAAACACAACAUCGGGUUAGUUAAAAGCAUUUGCCGUUUAUCCUACUAAUUCAUGGUGAUAUGUGGGUUUUAACAGGUGGACAAUAUACUUCACUAGCUAAAAAUUUAAUUAGCGAGUUGAUGCGUAUUGCUGAUUCACCUGUUUUAGGUAGGAAUGUUAUAUAUCGGUACAGCCGAUAAUGAGGAUAACAUGUACAGGGCACAAGCCACCAGGCAUGUACUAUAUAAAAGGCAGGUUCGGAGAUUUGACCUUGACAUGAAAUUAAAAAAGGAAAAAGAAGAAAAAGAGAAAAGAGUUUUGCAGAUACGUAUUAUUUCACGGUAGAUAUAUACCGUAUUACUUACAACAGGGUCAUAUUCUCUGCUUUGCCUUUACUUCGAAGAUUAUUUUAUAUAUAAAUAUUUGUACAGAGAAAAAAAAAA